CCCCAGUGUUGCUCUCUCUCUGUUCAGUAUAGUCAUCAGGUUGAGGGGUAGGAGGGGGAAUGCAUGGCAGAGACUGAGGGUCUUACUGAGUGUGGGAGAUGAGAGUGUGAGGGUUUUUUAGGAAGAAGUGUGUGAGGGGAUUAUAGGAAGACGAGUGUGGGGCAAGAGAGUGUGUGUAUAUGUGAGUGAGGGUAGUGUGUUUGUGUGUGUGUGAGUGAGUGUCCGUGGGGGUGAGCUGCUCGCGUGUCACAUUCCAGCUUCCAGGGAUCGACCCCUGUCUACCGGGAGACGGACCUGGAAAACUUUGAAAAAUCAUUCUUGGAAAACUGUGAUUGUAAAACCUCUGUAAACCUGUAUCUCUCUGUGACUUUGAGCUGUUGCUGGUCUCGCUCGGAAAAUACUAAUCUGUUGAAGGAGGGAUUCUCUCUACUCUCCACUUCCUCUGUUUCUGCUGCUGGGUCUCUGGGCUUUGGAUAUUGGUUUCACUGGUGCCACACUUACCACGGCUCAAAAACAGGACAGAAGGAGAAAAAAGAAGAGGGCAGAUGAAGAAAGGAGAACAUGAAAUGUAAAAAAUGUUUCACUGGAAUGGAUUAAUAAUCUGGAUCAUGGAUGUCAAUAGGUUUUCGUCUGCACGUGCAGUCUCACAGAAACAGAGUAGAAGAAGAAGAAAAAAGGAGAGAAGAAGGAGACACGAAUGGAAAGGAGGAAGAGGGGAGAAGGAGAGAGGAAAGGAGAGGCUAAAAAAGAAGGAGAGUUCAUGAACUGUGUUUAGUCGAGUCAUUCUAACUGUAUUAGACUGUAAUCCGUUGAGUUGAGUGUUCUAAUGAGGUCUAACGAGCUGUGACCAGUUUUAACGAGCUGUGUGUGAGCCAAGUCUGACUCUUAUAAAACUCACCUUUCAUUAUCAGCUCAGUCUGUUUGAUAAGGGCAUCCGACAAACCACGCCUGGAUAAUAGAUUUAAUUUCACCUUUAGCUGACCUGGUCUGUUCCCCUCUUAUUCUCUUUGUUUCUCUCUCCCCGUCCAUCAGAAAGCAGCCUUCAUGGAUUGUUUCACUGACAGUCAACUAAACUCAGUCUGCGUACCAGAGGAGGGACCAACCAAGACAUUGUUUUACAAGUCACAAACUCGUCAGACAGACCUACAAUCAUCCAGAACCAUCAGAGUUUGAGACGGGCCUACAGUGACAGAGAAGACUGCUGUGCUGUUCUCAGCUGAGGAAAGGAGAGAAUUCAGUUCAAACUUUAUGGAAGGGGGUAGCCAGAAGCCCUGAUGAUGCCCUAAGGGUUCAAAUUUUGUUUCCAUAAAACCAUAUAGGAUUAAAGACCAGAGUCAGCCGAGUCUGACUUAUAGACAGAAGAUACUAGCCUAGACCAGAGAGGCCAAAGACACCGUUAGUGACAUCAUCAUGAAUGCCCCGCCCACAGGAAGUCCCAGCCCAAAUAUGGAGGUGAAGGUGGUCUCCCAGGAUAUGGCGUUGUUUAGCAACGCCCUGGCGGCCUACACCUUCAUAGCAGACCAGCCGGAGCGAGCAGCUCUUGUGUUUGUUAGUGGUGUGUGUGUGGGUCUCCUUCUCACCCUCUGUGCCCUGGUGGUGCAGAUACACUGUCGCACCGACUGUCACUACAGUAACCGACGGCGACAUCACCAUCAGCAUAGAAACAGGACUCACCACCAUCACCAUGGGGACCAUCACUGUCACCACCACCACCAACCUGGCAACCCUAACACAGGCAACCCUGGCGUAACCACUGAGACGAGUGAAGACAGCGACUCAGAGGACUGGGACGACAGGAACUCUGACCUUACGGCUCGACGACGAAGGCGAUUUGAGAGAACGCUGCUGCAAACCAGCGUUUUCACCUCCGCAGAAGAGUUGGAGCGAGCUCAGAGGGUUGAGGAGCGAGAGAGGAUCAUGCGAGAGAUCUGGAUGAAUGGACAGCCUGAUGUCAACACUGUCACACGCAGCCUCAACAGAUACUACUAACAGGAAUGGAGAAAGAGAGGAAGAGAGAGACAAAGAGAGUGAUGGAUACACAUACGGAUGGAAGAAGAGAAAAAGAAAGGAUAGGGAAAUGAUGCAAUUUUAGACAAUGUCGCAUUGGGUGCGUGAAGCCUACAAAUCAAAUCAAAUAUUAUUGGACCCAUAGACAUAUUUAGCAGAUGUUAUUGCGGGUGUAGCGAAAUGCUUGUGUUCAGUAGUUGUGGAUUGAGACAAAUGGGAAUGGAUGAGGGAGAGGACAAUGACCUCCAUCCAGUCCCUCUGACACUGGGCACAGAACCAUGAGGUUUAGGGUGUGUCUGGCGCAGUGAUGUAGUGGUAAAGAAAUAGGUGGGUACACGCUUGAUUGCCUUCGGCGGUGAGUAAAGUAAAGUUCCUUAUACUUUCAAUGCAUUUUCCACAAAAAUUGCGCAAAAAUAAAAAAGGUGUGUAAACAGCUUUUAUGUGCAUUUUACCCUCCACUACACCACUGGUCUGACAUGACACCAGGCUUACGCCAAUCUAAGGCUUUUGGGAGCUGUGAUGGGGAGGGAGAAAGUGCACACUUCACACUAGAGGAAAGAAGUAGGUCAUGAGAAUGCAGCAGCCUAAUCGUUGCUCAGGGUGGUUCCUCUGGAGUCAGCCCCCGCCCGAGACCUGAGGUGGAUGUUGUCAUCAACCUGUGUAAACUGUGACCUUCCUGACAGCGGCCCACAAUUCACAUCUAUGGAAAUCUCUGUUUUCCUGGCUGAACGUUCUGGUUUUUGUCCUUUGUUCCAGACUGGAACUGACUUACACGGCACAGUUCACUACAAGGACCACAGAGAAAACCUGUCAACUGGAAUGACAUUUUUUGCCUUCACUCAAUCUUAAUGUGUAUUUAAUUGAUUCACUGUUGUACUUUGUGGAUUCAUUCCUUUUUAUAAAAUAGCAACACUUUCUUAGUUUGUCUCAGGGAUGCUUUGAAGGGUUGUCGUUGGGGAAAUGUUUGUAUUUUGAAGAUGAUGCAACAAUCCUUCCUUAGAGAGACUGACUAUAAAACUGCGUCCGUUUGGUUUGUCAGCAGGAGUGUGCAUUCGUUAGGUAACUAGCAUGGCUGUGUGCCUUAAAUGUAAUCACGACAGACAGAGGUACUGCUCCAAUUCAGUCAGCUCCUGAACAGUGCCCUUCAGACAACAAGUGCAAUACAGUCUCCGUACAGCCCUAAAAGAAGCCACCACCAUAUUGCUAACACCUAUCUUUUCCCUUCAGAUGUGAAACACUGAAGAGGUAGCUAGAGUCUCUACUAUAUGUGUUGCUUUUGGAGUGAAGCUGGGUGGUGGAACACUAUGAUGUUUUUAAUCGGGUAAAUGGCGCAACACAACAGUGUUAUUAUCUCUGCAGUGUUUCUGGGUGUUUCCCCUAGCUUGUCGUCUAUAUUAGAAAAGCUGUCUGUGAAGUGAAAAGUCUGUCUGAGAGAGAGGUUCUGUAUGCAUCCUUCCUUCCGCUCUUCCUUGAGGGAAUUGCAGGUCUGAGAGAGGUGUCUAGGUGAAAACAGUCUCGUUCUCACGUAUCCAGUCCAUACAGAUCAGUGAUUUCCUCAAGGGAGAAAAGACGGGAAUUAAACAUUGCAUUGAAGGAUACUUUAAUUUAGUGCUCAAACAGGGACAGUGAAUGACUGAGACUAACACAUGGACCUUUUAUUGAAUAAUAAAACCCUUUGGAAACAAA